GGAACAUUGUCGAUUUCAAGUUCAUGAGCAUUUUAUUGAUCAUAAAUUUCAACUUGGCGCCAUGUGACGUCACGAAGUGUCCUUGGCUUAAAGAGGAUAGAACUCUUGAUGGUCUAUCCUCUUUAUGGGAAUUUACGCAAUGUCCAAAAAGUUCCAAAAAGAUGUAAACAAGCAAGUGUCAAGUGAUUGUGUCAAGAAUACAUCAAACGUGUCAAAAAGUGACGAGGAAAUCGCACUAGAGCUAACGGUUGGUUCUGCAAAUGUCAAACGAUGGCAUCUUCUCAAGGCUUCGUUUUCCUGUGAAACUAACGAAAACUUUACCACCACUUUGCUGGAUUUGGCACAGGAGUACUUAAAUCGCAAUCCCUGUAAAGAAGAAGAGGAAGAUGGAAGUUCCAAGAAAGGAGAUAAGGGACAAAUUAGUAGAAAUAAACGAAAAAAGACUGAGACAAAAAAGGAGAAGAAUCAAGCAAAUUUAAUUACUGUCACACAAGUAACACCUACUUCUACAACCACAAAAACCAAACAACCUCUUCUUCACGCUGACAUCAUAACUCAAGCAGUUUGUGGUAAAACUGAUACAGCAAACGAUGCAAACUUACACAACAAAAAAGAGACAGUUUGUAAGCCUAGUGAGGAUACAGCCGAAAAAGAGGAAAAAACAAAAAAGAAGAAAUCUUUAACCAACCUCGACAAACCAAUAAAAAAGGAAAAAUCAACCGACACAAAGAAGAAACUUGACCAUGACAUUAGAAAAGCACCAGAACUAGGUUUACAAAACGACAUUAAACUCGAACCCCAAAAACCUGAACCCGAACUUAACGAAACCGUUAACAGAGUGGCCCUAAAAAUAAAAUUGUGCUACAACUGCAACAGCCAACACGUGCAGGAUCAGUGUCCUUUGAACUACCCCAACUUUGUCAUCUCCGACUUGAUUGAUUUGCCAAGUUGGGAGGAAAAACUCCAAAGUUUGCAAACAAAUAACUCAGAAUUGAUCAAAUCUGAGAAGGAAGAUGAUGCAAACCAAUUUAUUUUUGCGUACGUUUCGUUGCCCAGUUUUUUACAGCUUAUGGAAACGAACACUGAACAUGGGCUGGGAGUGUGGGCAAAAAUGGACAUCGAGGAGUUCACUCAGUUUGGCCCUCUUGUGGGGAAAGUGGUCAAGGAGGUGGAUAUUUCGGAAGAUUCGAACAUGAGAGAUAUUUGGGAGAUUUUUGUUGAUAGCAAGAAUGUUUAUUUUAGUACCGAAAAUUUGGAAACGUCGAAUUGGAUGCGGUUUGUUCGACCGGCUCCAACCAGAGACGAUAGAAACAUUACUGUGGUGGCAAAGGACAGUUCUCUCUACUUUGUUAGUAUUAAAGCGAUCAAAAACGGGGAAGAGUUGCUGUACUGGCAGGAUUCCAGCAUUCCGAGCAAGAAAAAAAUGGAGAAAAAUUCUUGUGGUGGUUGUAAUAUGACGUUUGCUCAUCCGCUCUACUACCGAACACAUUGCUCAGUAUUCCACGACAUUCGUUUUAGUCUUACUAUUAGGAAAUACCAUUGUAAAGUUUGUGGGGCUGCAGUGUUGGGUAAAGAAAAUAUUAUGAAACAUGCAGCUGAGUUGCAUAAUGGACAGGGGGCCUAUCAGUGCCAGUUUUGUAAAAAGUUCUUUUUAAGACUGAAUUAUCUAGAGAUGCAUCGUAAUUAUGGCUGUUCUGCUAAUCCACACCGAGCUAGGCCUUUGUGUGAUUUCUGUGGGCGAAAAUUUUGUCAACCCCAAAAGUUGAAGGUUCAUAUUAAAAGAAUGCACAGUGAUUUUUCCGAAGUUUUGAAGGAAUUCCAGUGCAAAAACUGUCUGAAAAUUCUCGGCUCGCGAGCAGCUCUACAAAGGCAUUUGAAGGAAGUUCACCAGAAACAAAUGGACGGUGCUUGUUCGUGUUCUCGUUGUGGCAAACAUUUCCAAAAUAAAUCAAAUUUAAAAAUUCACAUGUUGACUCACAGUGGGAUUAAACCCUUCAAGUGUGUUGUAAAGAGUUGUAAUGCGGCGUUUACAACGAAACAGUGUCUACAGUUCCACUAUAAGAAGGUUCACAGUUUUACUGAGGACGCGAUGCCUAAGAUUGAACGAAGCAUUGACUACACUUUUGAGGCCUACAGUGGAUUAGAGGACCAGGAGGAUAAAGGCAAAAAUGAGAUGAAUACGCAACAAAGUGACUUGAAUGCGACACCUCUUGAGGAGGAAAGUGACGGGGAUGAGACCAGUAUGGACAGCAAAAACGUGGACGACCCAUCCUUACCCAACUCCCCGAUGCAACCACCCGACGACACCUCCCCCGACCCCAACCCUCGAACCUCCCCAACGCUGGAAUCCUACAACUUAAACACCGUAAACGCAACCAUGAAAAUCCUCAGCAAAGGUUCAAAAAAAUGGAUUGGCGAACCACCUCUCCAACCCCUCAAACCCGAGAUCUACCAAAUCGAGCACCAAGUCACCGAAACCCAAUACGACCGCCCAAAAUCAAACCUAACCGACUUCACACGCCACGAAGCCUCAAACGCCAGUCUCCUGGUGGAAGCAGCCCUGGACUCCGUCUGCAGCGAACCGAACAUAGACAUCGACGUGAGCACAACACCGAAUUGCACCGACGCCUUGGUCAACAAUUUAUACACGUUGGCUCCUUCGGACACCCUUCCGGACGUCACCACGUACAGCGAAACGGUCUGUAACAUAAACGAACCGCGCGAUAUCAAUUUAAUUUCACCGUCGGUCAACGACCACAUUUCCGUAACGGAUGAGUUGAAUGAUGAGUUACGACACGGCCAGAACAUCGGCAUGGAUUAUUCCGGGUUCCACCAGGAGGACUUCAGUCCGGGGAACAGCCCGGAAAUGCACCCGCGCGCCAAUUUCGUCCGGAGUUACAUCAAUACGCCCAACUUUGGGCCCAAGAAUUUAUCACCGGUUCCGGUGCCCAGUCCACCACGUUACGACUUCGGUCAUUCCGUCAACACCGAUCAUCUCUCAUCGGAUGAUAGCAACGGAAUGGCCGCGCAAAAUCUAAGCCUACAUUCCAAUAAGCACGACAUACAGUUGGAUUUGUCGAUUUACAAGGCGCCCUAUAAUUUGCAAAAUCGCAAAGAGUUUAGGGUGAAAUUCGACGAUUUGGACGCAAAGUCCAAGUAUAGUUUAAUCGAGCCGGGCAAAAGUUACGUGGAGGAGGAAAAUAACGCACUGGAUGGGGAACAAGUGAUUGACCAGAACGAACUCUCCGGCAAUAUUGUUGUGGAUUUGAAGGAGAAAGAGGACGAACAUGAGCGUAAUAAAUACCCCGAUGAUCUCUCGACUGAUAUUAGGACUAAUAAGUUUGAUAUUGAUCUCGAUUUAAGGCUGAAAAGUUACGACAUGGAGGGCGAAAAUUUGCGAACGCGCGGGUUGUAUGAAUCAAACUACGAAAAAAACUACGAAAUUAUCGACAAUAUUGAGAAUCGCAAGCCUUACGACCCAGCGCUUGACGGUGAUUUCCGCACCGAUCGUAACUUUGAGCCUCUAGUGCUCAACUCCUCCGAGCUACAAGGCCUGGAUAUGUCGGCUCGGAGCUUCCACAACUAUUCCAACAUCAACCGUUACCACCACCUCUACCCCGAGGUUGACCGGGUUGAUCUACGGUUGAAUUACAGUCCCCCAGCUCCGCCUUACACCCACGCCGAUAUCCUCCGUGUGGUUUCGUUAGAUUUGACACCUCCAGGACGUCAUAGCGUCGAUUUGAGUCUACGGACGCAUCCGUUGCACCAGAUCGCCAAUUCGAGGUUGCUUUCAGAGCACGCUCCGCACCGUCUGUUGACGUCCGAUUUGAGUGGGAGGAUUUUGUCGGAUCAUACGACUAAUCGCAUUUUGUCGAAUAAUGAUCAGUUGGGGAGUAACCAUUUGUUGGGGGCUGAUCAGAGGUUGUUGGGGGAGGAGUCGCGGAUUAUUUCCGAGCAAAGUCGGCUGAUUGGGGAUGGGAGGAUUUUGGCGCCGACGACGCCAGGUGGGGCCGUGUCGCCGAUUCCGUUCAGUGGGUAUUCGGUGUCGCAGAGUCCGUAUCAUCCGACACCGUUGGCACCUAGGCCGCAUGUUACGUCACCGACACCUACACCGUACCAUCAUUACUCCACUUAUUAUUGAUGUGGACGGGGAAGUAUUUGAAUGCGACGGACAUACAGGUUGUCUCAGUGCAAAUAUUUUAUCGAAAACUAUUUAUAUGAAAAAAAAUUUAAUUUCCACACUCUUAUUUUUUAAAGGGAUGUGAAUACAAAAAAAUUUAGGAACAAAGUCGUAGAGUAUCAGUUUUCUUGAAAAAAGUCGGUGAAACAAGAGUGGUAUGGUUAAAAAAAACUAUUUGUUGUUACUUAAAGUAGAAGGUUUUAGUGUAUUAUUUUGUUUAGUAUACAGCCAUUUUUAUUUUCAGUUUUUACAAACAGUAUCAGUAGAAGUGAUUUUUUUCUUUGUAGGAACUUAGUACAAGUCACAUUGUUUGCAAUCUACAAUUAGAGCAAGAAAAAAAAAGAAAUACAAUUGAUGACGGAUGACAAAAAAAACCUCACAUUUUUAUCAUUGAACAGUUGUGAUAAUUUUCUGUUAAUUUAAAAGACACUAAUUCCAGCAACUUCUGAUUAAUUUACUUUUUGUUUACACAUGACGGACGGGACAAAAAAAAUGUCUGUGAAAAUAGCACUAAAAGUUUUAUUCAGACAAGUUUUAUUUAUUAAAGAUUAACAAUAUUAAAAUUAGACAGUGGAAAUAAAAAUUCUUGGUUUUGCUUAACAACGUAAGAAAUAAGAACAGGAUUUUAUGUUUGCGAUCACGGACGGGACAAAAAAAAAGAAGAAGAAGAAGAAGAAUUUAUUAAUUAAUAGGAAACCUAGUUACAAUAGUUAAAAAUAAAUAAAAAAUUACAUUAGUGGAUAAAAGUCACACUUAUUGCACAUUUAUCUUCACAUAAUCUUUGAUUUUUGAUUUAAAUAUAGAUAGAGUACCUGCAUUUCUAAUAUUGUUUGGUAACUUAUUAUAUUCAUUAAUACCCUUAAAAAAUAAAGAUAACAUUGUUUGUCGGUAAUUUACACUUUGAACAUUAAUUUUGGAAGAAUCCCUAGUCUGGUAAUUGUGUACACUAUUUCUGCAAAUAAGAUAUUCACUGAAAUACUCUGGUACUCCAAGCUUAAUUAUUUUAUAUACAAAAAUCAUGGUAGAAUAAUACAGUCGUUGCGUCACAGAAAACCACAUUAGGGCCGAUAACAUACAUUUUAUAGGUGUUAAGCGGUUACAUCUUAAAAUUAUACGCAUUCCUCUAUUCUGAAGCUUUUGCAGUUGUACAACAUGACUAGGCCGUAGCAGGUACAUAAGUGUGGCACAAUAAUCAAAAUGUGGUUGGACAAUACAAUUGUAAAUUAAAAUUCUUGUUUGCAUUGACACAUGCGUAGAUAUUCUUAAGAAAAAAAACAAUUUCGUCCUAAUUUUUUUACAAACAUAAUCGAGAUGACUCUCAAAAUCGAGCAAGCUAUCUAGGUAAAAUCCUAAAUACUUUCAUUUAUUAACAAACUCUACUGUUAUGUUAUAUAUGCUUAAAUUAAUGUUGGCAAAAUCAAUUUGGUUGUAUUUAUAUUUAGUUGUAAAAAUUAUAGCUUUAGUUUUGGACACGUUUACUUUAAGUUUAUUUGUGUUAAAAUAUUUUUCAAGUAUUUCGAGAGCCUUGUUCAUUUUUUGAAUACAUUUAUCAAGAUCAGUGUCAUAGCAUGCUACCAAUGUGUCAUCGGCAAACAAAUUAACAAAAUCACAAUCACAAUAGUUUACAAUGUCAUUAAGAUAAAUUAAAAAUAAAAGAGGGCCAAGAACGCUACCUUGUAGUACACCAAAUUCACUAGACACUUCAUCAGACAAAACGUUAUUAUAUUUAACUUUUUGUUUCCUGUCUGUUAGAUAACUUUCAAACCAUUUAAGCAAAAGUUAUAAAAUAAAAAAGUAAUAUUACUAAUCAGUUUACCUAGUGAUUUCCAUUUUCUAAACCACAAGAAACUAGAAAAAUACUUUUCAAAAAAUAUUCAACAGUUGUGGUACGUCAGUUAUUUAUUUUAUCGCCUACAGGGCAUAGUAUGUAAAUUUUAGAAUCCAGUGAAUUACUUCAAUUUAAAUGAUUACUCUCUUCCAAAAACUCUUUUGUCGCAAAAUACGUUAAAUAUAAACCGAAUCGUGUAUUUUGAAAAAAAAAACUCAACACAAAUGCUGGUUCUUCUAAUUUCCCGAAAGGUAAUAAACAAUUUAUUCAAGAAAAUUUUACACGUUGAAAAAAUUACCCAGAAAAUAUUGUAGCACAUCAGUUAUGUUGUCUGUGAAAUAACAACACACAUAUCAACACUUUGAUAUGUUUUACUAGAAAUAUUUCAUUGAAAUAUGUGAUAUAUCUUUUUAUGUCAUAGUUAAGAAGUUAAGAUGGUAUAGCAAACAUAGUUGUCACAUUGUCUGCUUGUUUAUUAGUUUUGCUACUUGCUUUUCAGGGAGUGCAUUGCCUGAACUAUAACUGUAAGGUAACAAUUCUCUCUAAUCUUUAUCGGUAAAUUCCGAAAAACAAUUUCUUACAAUAACUUGGAUAAUUAUGUAGUUAUUUAAAACACACAUAAAUUCAAAACUUUUUUUCUGUAAACACUUUUAUUCACGAAAGUUUAAACAAGAAUAAAACAAAAAAUAAUAACACUUUUUGAUAAAAUUAAUCUGUUCUUCCAGUUUAUCGGAAAAAUUUGAUAAUAUUGAUAUUGCAAUAAAAGCUUUGUUUUAAAUUUACACAAAGAUUUUUCCAAUCUUUAUAAUUUCAUAAUAAUUUAGGCCUUUUAUCCCAGGUUACUUGAAUGAGUUAUCGUUAGAUAAAUUUGUCGGUUCCAUAACAGUUGUUAAAAAUUAUCUAACGAUAAAUCGUUUAAGAAACCUGGAGUUAAUGUCAUAUUCAACGCUCAUUAGGGUAAAUGCUUCUAACCUUUCUUGCCUUAGUAAGUUACUUAAUUUACUUAGAAUUAUUUUGGUUUUUCUUAACACUCUUUUGCAUGACACCUGUGUUCAUGACAAUGUUAGUGGAUAUUUAUAUGCAAAAUAUAUAAGUUUGAAUAAGUCAUUGGAUACAAAUUGUAAUUUUCUAAUAUUUUAAAACAGCUUACAAAACAACCAAUUACAAUUAAUUAGUAUUUUUAUUAAGCUUCGUCUGCAAUUUUCCCAAGAUUGUUUUAAUUUCUAAAAAAUUGUAGUUUAUUUUUCUGUGAGUGAUGUGUUUUCAGAAAGGUUUCAGAAAGGAAUCACGAGCAGAUAGUACCAACUUACGAAUAAAGAAUAAAGGUGCACUACUUCUACACGUAUCUAUGGAAUAAGCAACAACUUUAUUACUAAUACUUAUAAGAGAAAGAUAUUUUUUUGGCAAGUUUAUUGUAGAAAAUUCUUUUUAGUUCCCCUUUUUUUCAUUUUGAGAGGCACCCCCAAGGACGUUAUAUAGACGUUAUAUAUCCAUCUAACCUCCUUGGGCACCCCCACACAAAAAAUACUGCUGAUUCCUAAAAAUAAUAUUAAAAAAAAUCAUUGUAACAUUUUUUUUCUUAUGAUUGUUGUUAAAUUUUAAUAAUUUCGCAUAUCUUAUGAAUGGAUAUUUGGCUGCAGUAUUAAAAUUUGUAAUCACUUCAGUCUCAUUUUGACUGAUACGUGAUUCCAUUUUUAAGAAAUAGCAAUCAAUAUUUUAUUUUUUUCAAUUGUACAUACAAUUACUUUUUUUAAUCUUAUUUUACGAUACUUGCCUGAAACAUGUUCCAAAACAGGAUUCUUUUUCUUCUUAUUUCCUGCCUUUAUAAUCUUAAUAUACUAGGCGUCAUGUCGUUUAUCUCAUUUAUGUAUAAAAUCUUCUAUGUGUAGUAAAUACUAAAGCUUGUCUAAAUACUUAAAAAAAGAAUAAAUCAACAUUUUGACCAUGAGUGAGAGUGACAAUAAUGUUAAAGCAAAUGCAUGACAGUUUAUUAGAUAUGGUAAAAGUACAAUUUUAAGCUCCUUUUGUACACAGUUUUUCACCAAGAUUUCUUUUUUAUCGUAUUUUAUUUAUUUUUUAAUAUUUAUUUUAUUACUUCUGAUCUCAAGUUGAUUUCCUAAGAAUUCAGUCGCCAUCCAUUCAAUUAAUUCAAUUAAAGCUAGGAGAAUUUUGCUUUACUGUGAUAAUAUACGUUCUUAUUAGUUGUUCACAUAUUUGCCUAUGCUUUCUACCAUAAUUGAUAAAAAUAGCUAUUUCAAACAAAGUCACAAACCCGAAGUUAUUGUUUAAGCAAACCACUUUACGAUGAAGCAAAAAUACUAGAAAUGAUAAUUGUUGUCUUUUAUAAUAUCCUAGGACAUAAAGCGAAGUUUGAAUUACUGCUUACUUUAGUAUUAUUUCAAGAAUUCUGUGGAGUAAAUCUUUCGUUGAAACUAUGCAAUACUAAUUGAAGUAAAAGCUGCGAUAUAGAGAACUUGUAAAGCAAAAGCAUCUACUUUUUUAACCAUACCAUUCCAUAUCUCUAUGUUCAACAAAUCAAUGGUGAGGUCGUCUCAAAGAUGCUCAUACGACGGAUUUGUUUCAUUUUAUAUGUGAUUUUUUCAGAAUUUUUCUACCCUCCCUUAUUGCAAUUACAAUUAUUUAAUUAAUGAGGCCAUAAACAAUUUUCUAUGCCUUGUUACUUUUCAUUUUUUUGUCUGGAUGACUAAUUUUACCUCAAAUGAACGUAGUCACAGGUGCUCACCAUUAAAAAAACUGCAAUUUUCAAAGUGAAUUGUAGUUUGUAGCCCAAGUUAUUUUCCAUAUUUCUUAUCAAAAAAUGCUUUACGUACGUAUUAUGUAAUGUGAGACAACCUGUUUGUUUAAAAAGGAUCAAACUGAACCGUUUAUCAACUUAACUUUAUAAAAUUUAGUUUUGUCCUUUGCUGCCUUGAUGUGAAUUUAUAAUAAAACAUUAAAGCACUAAGUUAAAGCGCGUAGUCAAACUUCAAUUUUAAUUAUUUAUGAACGGUUCUGUUCGGAUCACCGUCUAUUUGUUGAAAAGUGUAAUUAUUAUAGGUAAUUAAGUAAUUGUUAUAUUGUCAUGUUACCUAGUCAUGAUUUUUGUGCCAAACUAUUUAUUUUAAGCAAAUGUUAGCAUUGUUGUGUUCUUUUCAUCGAAUUCAUGUACUUACAUGUAAAAAUACAUUUUUGUAACACAUUAAUGAAUUUUGAAUUUACCGCCCGAUUGUGCAUUCCAUCCCCCACUCUUUGCAAUGGAUCAAUAAGCGCACUUGUGAUUCGUUGUUUUUUAUUGACGCCAUCUUUGCUGUUUAAAGAUGUCUGUUAGGCAAUUUGUUGUUGUAUAAAAUUGUUGUUUAUGAAAAUAGUGAAUAAAUUUGAAUCGUUUUACGAUAAGUGUUAAGUAAUUCAAGGACAUGAGGGGACGUUCUGGACGAAGAAAAAUUGCACAAGGACGUUGGUGUUACCAAACAAUGCAACUAACCAUUAUCAACAAGCAAAAUACAGGCUUCAGCAAUUACAUGAAAGGCUGUAUUGCGAUUUGUGAGGCGACUGCUGGGUACAGACAUUUUCUAGAAGUUUUAGUCAAGAUGUUUUAAAAUGAAACGUUGUUGCUUU